CGGCGAGGAGGAGGGGCAGGUGUCCGAAGCGGAUCACGCCGGCGAGGGGCGGGGAGGGAGAGAUCCGGCGGCCCCGAUCCAUGGCUGCCGCGGCGGCGGCGGCGGCGGUGGCGCGCGGCGUUGUUCUGGUGCUCGUCCUCGUCGCCGCGGCUCCGCGCGGGGCGGCCGCGCGUUCGCUCGGGGUCGGGGAAGGCGCCGGGGAGGUCGAGGCCGACGCCGCCGUCGACCUCAACGCCACCAACUUCGACGCCUUCCUCAAGGCCUCGCCGGAGCCGUGGGCCGUCGUCGAGUUCUUCGCCCACUGGUGUCCAGCUUGCAGAAACUACAAGCCCCAUUAUGAGAAGGUUGCAAAACUAUUCAAUGGACGGGAUGCUGCACAUCCAGGGAUUAUACUGAUGGCAAGGGUUGAUUGUGCAUCAAAGGUGAACAUCGAUCUUUGCAAUAGAUUCUCAGUUGACCAUUACCCUUUCCUACUUUGGGGUCCACCAACAAAAUUUGCUUCUGCUAAGUGGGAUUCUAAGCAAGAGAAUAGCGAGAUAAAAUUAAUUGAUGAUGGAAGAACAGCAGAGCGUUUACUUAAGUGGAUAAAUAAUCAGAUGAAAAGUUCUUUCAGUUUGGAAGACAAAAAAUACGAGAACGAAAAUAUGCUUCCGAAGAAUGCUUCAGAUCCUGAACAGAUUGUUCAAGCUAUUUAUGAUGUUGAGGAAGCAACAUCACACGCGUUACAAAUAAUUUUGGAGCACAAGAUGAUCAAACCAAAGAAUCGUGAUGCACUCAUCAGAUUUUUACAAAUUUUGGUGGCACAUCACCCAUCCAAGAGGUGUCGAAGGGGAUCUGCUGAGCUACUUAUUAACUUCGAUGAUCACUGGCCAUCAAAUCUGUCAUUAAGUUCACAAGAGGGUUCUAGAUUGUUGGAAAGUGUCGCAGAAGAGAAUCACUGGAUCUGUGGAAAAGAAGUGCCACGUGGAUACUGGCUGUUCUGCCGUGGCAGUAAAAGUGAAACGAGAGGAUUUAGCUGUGGCCUGUGGGUUUUGAUGCAUUCACUAACCGUCCGAAUCGGGGAUGGAGAGAGCCAGUCAACCUUUACAUCAAUAUGUGAUUUCAUUCACAACUUCUUCAUCUGUGAGGAAUGCCGCAAGCACUUUUAUGAGAUGUGUUCAAGUGUGUCAGCCCCCUUCAAAUCUGCCCGUGAGCUCAGUCUCUGGCUAUGGAGCACACAUAACAAAGUGAAUGUGAGAUUGAUGAAAGAAGAAAAGGAUUUAGGAACUGGUGAUCCAUCAUUUCCGAAGGUUACCUGGCCUCCAAAUCAGCUCUGCCCAUCUUGCUACCGUUCAAGCAAGAUUACUGAUGGAGCUGUGGACUGGAACGAGGAUGAAGUAUAUCAAUUCUUGGUUAACUACUAUGGGAAGAAGUUUGUAUCAUCCUACAAGGAGACCUACAUGGAGUCUCUUCAACAAGAGAAGAAGAUAGUUUCGGAGGAUUCAUCGACAUCUAAUGCUGCAAGCGUCCCAAUUGGAGCUGCUCUGGGUGUUGCAAUUGCCAGCUGUACAUUUGGGGCGCUGGCUUGCUUCUGGAGGGCCCAGCAGAAGAACAGAAAGUACUCACACCAUUUACGCUCUUUAAAGAAAAUAUGAUUAAAAAACAUUUUAGGCAAAGAAAGAACUGGAACUGAAAAUUAGCCUACCAAUUGCUCACCCUGCACUUCAUCAGAGGGGCUCAUCCAUGAGUGUAUUUUUCUGGACGGAUUAAAAUCUCGGUAAGUGCUCCAAAGGGUGUGGAAAAUCAAAUGGUCGGGCUGUCAGUUACGGAUGUAAAACUCACAUAAGUACGAUGAUUAACUCUUAAGUGAUUUUUUUUGUGCAACGAUGUGAACUUUGUUGCAUCAUAUCAUAGGUUCAACGUGUAGAUGUGUAAUGUUUUGACAUAGAUGUCGGACGGUUGGUAUACGAUGGGAUGUUAUUGUCCAUGUAACGGGUGAAAUUUUGAAUUCACUUCACAGCUGUCAGCAACCAGA